GAGAGGUACUGUAGUCUUUGUACUGUAGUCUUUCUGAUACUGAUCUCCUAAGGCUGGUCGUUAGUAAUUUUUGCUUAGAGGUCUUCCACAGUCUAUAAUGUUGAGAGCCAGGGAACCGGGCUCUUUGGCCGUGCUGGCCUCCACUCUUCUUUUGGGAUGCGGCGUUGCGUACUCCCUCGGACAUAAUGACACAGAACCUGUUGUUUUGGAAGGAAAAUGUUUAGUUGUGUGUGACUCGAACCCGUCCGCCGAAGGAGGAGUGACUUCGUCGUUUGGAAUAUCUGUCCGAGCUGCUGGUGCUAAAGUGGCUUUCUCAGCCGUCAGAGGAACUAACCAUGAACCAUCAGAGAUGAGUAACAAAUCAAUGACAAUCUACUUUGAUCAGGUACUAGUUAACGUUGGAAAUCAUUUCGAUCUUAAGGCGAGUGUAUUUCAAGCACCGCGGAGAGGUAUUUACAGCUUCAGUUUUCACGUUGUGAAGGUCUACAACCGACAGACAAUUCAGGUCAAUCUGAUGCACAAUGAAUACCCAAUAAUAUCUGCUUUUGCUGGUGAUCAAGAUGUCACUCGCGAGGCAGCGAGUAAUGGAGUUCUGCUGCACCUUGAGCGCGAGGACAGACUCUAUCUCAAACUGGAGAGAGGGAAUCUAAUGGGCGGGUGGAAGUACUCCACAUUCUCUGGCUUCCUUGUUUUUCCUCUCUAAUUUAAUACACUUUAAAUUGCUCGUACUGAAGACUAAGGGGCCGUUCAUACCGAACGCGUUCUUGCGCUAAAAAGCUUGAUACAGCGCAUAUAACACAACACAAGUGUCUCGAGACGCGUUUUUAAAAGUUAUCUGGCUUCUACAGUAUAGGAGGGUGAAAGACGCCCGUCUCGCGCGUGUUUACAUAGAAAAAAAAAAAAAAAAAUUGGGAAAAGAGCCAGACGGAUACGAAACGCGUUCGGUGUGAACGACCCAGGCCCAUCUGCUUUCGAAAAUAAAAGUAGCAGCAGGGACCACAUGGAAUUUGUUUUAUUUUUAUUAUUUAUUUUUAUUAACUAUAUGUGAUAUUCAAAAGCAAGUUGGACAGUCAUGACCAUUUCAUGUCUGCAUAGCUUUGGGAAAGAAUGAUGUUCAAAUGAACUUAUUGUAUGUUACAGUCUAAUCGAAUUUUUUUUUUCAGGGGCAUAUUUUGCACGAAGUGUGUUUUGGUACGUGCUUGCCAUUGAAUUAAAUUUUGUAUAGCCCUCAUAAAUGUGUUGAUCAAUAUGAGCAAUGUACAAAAACUGCCAUUCCUCUGUAAUCGUGUUGUUCGGCUUACUGCAUAGACAAGCAAUGAUAUCUUGCAUUUUAUAUAACUUGAAUGUAAAUAUACCAUGUCAUAAACACAAGGAAUGUAUUUAGAACUGUUCUAGCACUUGCGAGUUUAUUUUGCGAGAGAGGUGAAUAAAGAUAUUUAAGAAGCUGGAAAGAGAACUCAGAACGCUGUCCGUGGUGCUGAAAAAUGAUCAACUGUCAAUCAAAAGCUGCUGUCUUGUCAAACUGACAUUUGAAUAGUUAUUAAAAACCAUGCACACAUUGAGACAUAUAGUGCAAUAUUCAUCAGUCACAUUUGUUUGGGCCACAAACUAACAUCACCUAAAAGUGAGCACAGCAUAGACGAUCAAUGCGGACUAUGUUAGAUCUUACAGCAAGAAUUGUUUAUGCAUUCAUGCAGGCCUGAGCAUACAGAUUCAUAUUGUGAUCUCAUAUUUAGCUCAUUUUCUUUUAAACAUUUUGAAAAACUAAGUUGUAUUUGAGAGUAAUUGUGUGCCUAGAGUGUAAUCAUUUUUAAAAAUCUUAAAAUAAAGUGCUUAAAGGCUCAAGUCUCCCAACAGGGGACAGUUUUAGAAAAGAUGAAAGAAACCCCCACCUACAGAGAUCACAUGUGCAGAUACUGGAAAGAUAUAGACAUCAUGUGGAUUUGCUGUCUCUCAACGCAGGGCAGGGCAAUGGCAUCAAUUUACAUUUUAUAUUUGUCUUAAACAACAGUGAACUUUAGAGUUCUAUCAUUUAUUGCUUUAUAUUUUUC